CCGCCGCCCACGCGCGACCCUCGGGGACCCGGCCGCGACGCCCCUUUGUCCGGGGGGGGGCCCGUUCAUGCCGCCGCCUCCCGCGUGCCGCGUGCCGGGCCGCGCCAAGCAGGGCUGUUUCUAGGCCUGGGGGGACCCACCCUGGUUCCUGCCAAAGGAUGAGCCAGCCCCAGAGGAUGGCACCAGUGGGCACCGACAAGGAGCUGAGUGACCUUCUGGACUUCAGCAUGAUGUUCCCACUGCCCGUGGCCAAUGGAAAGGGCCGGCCCACCUCCCUGGCUGGAGCCCAGUUUGGAGGUUCAGGUCUUGAGGACCGGUCCACCUCAGGAACCUGGGGCCCCAGUGAUCAGAACAAUUCCUCUUUCGACCCCAGCCGGACCUACAGCGAAGGCGCCCACUUCAGUGACUCCCACGGCGGCCUCUCAACACCCGCGUUCCUGGGAUCUGGGCUUGGAGGCAAGGGUGGUGAGCGGGGCACGUACCCUGCCUUCGGGAGAGAAGCGGGUGUUGGCGGCUUGACUCAGGCUGGCUUCCUACCAGGAGAGCUGGCCCUGAGCAGCCCCGGACCGCUGUCACCCUCGGGCAUCAAGGGCAGCUCGGCAUAUUACCCCUCCUUCCCCAGCAACCCCCGGCGGAGAGCCGCGGACAGCGGCCUGGGUGAGUUGGACUCGCAGCCUAAGAAGGGCCGGAAGGUCCCACCCGGUCUUCCUUCCUCGGUGUACCCUCCCAGCUCAGGUGAUGACUAUGGUAGGGACGCCGCCUACCCCUCCGACAAGACCCCUGGCAGUACCUACCCCGCCCCCUUCUACAUGGCAGAUGGCAGCCUACACCCCUCAGCAGAGCUCUGGAGCCCCCCAGGCCAGGCGGGCUUCGGGCCCAUGCUGAGCGGCGCCUCGUCCCCACUGCCUUUGGCACCUGGUGCUGGCAGCUCUGUAGGCAGUGGUGCAUUUGGCGGUCUCCAGCAGCCUGAGCGCAUGGGCUACCAGCUGCAUGGAGCCGAGGGCAACGGUGCCCUCCCAGCUGUGGCCUCCUUCUCCUCGGGUCCUGGAGCUGCCUACAGCAGCGUCUCGAGCCACACGCCGCCCGUGACCGGGGCCGACAGCCUCCUAGGCUCCCGUGGGACUUCGGCUGGCAGCUCCGGGGACGCCCUUGGGAAGGCCCUGGCCUCGAUCUACUCCCCGGAUCACUCCAGCAGUAACUUCUCACCCAGCCCCUCGACCCCUGCAGGCUCCCCACACGGCCUGGCCGGGACGUCGCAGUGGUCCCGAGCAGGAGCCCCUGGUGCCUUAUCACCCAGCUAUGAUGGGGGACUCCACGCCCUGAACAAGAUGGAGGACCACCUGGACGAGGCGAUCCACGUGCUCCGCAGCCACGCCGUGGGGACUGCGGGUGACAUGCACAGCCUGCUGCCCGGCCAUGGUGCUCUGGCCUCCAGUUUUGCUAGCCCCAUGCCGCUGGGAGGUCGCCACACAGGCCUGGUUGGGGGCGGCCACUCCGAGGAUGGGCUCGGGGCCAGUGCCAGCCUCCUGCACAACCAUGCAGCCCUCCCCAGCCAGCCUGGUACCUUGCCCGACCUUGCCCGGCCACCUGACUCCUACAGUGGGCUGGGUCGGGCUGGCGCCGCGGUGGGCGCAGGCGAGAUCAAGAGGGAGGAAAAGGAGGACGAGGAGAACACGUCUGCGGCCGACCCGGCAGAAGAGGAGAGGAAGGAGCUGAAGGCCCCGCGCGCACGGACCAGCCCAGACGAGGACGAGGACGACCUUCUCCCCCCAGAGCAGAAGGCCGAGCGGGAGAAGGAGCGCCGGGUGGCCAAUAACGCCCGCGAGCGGCUGCGGGUGCGGGACAUCAAUGAGGCCUUUAAGGAGCUGGGGCGCAUGUGCCAGCUGCACCUCAACAGCGAGAAGCCCCAGACCAAGCUGCUCAUCCUGCACCAGGCCGUGUCAGUCAUCCUGAGUCUCGAGCAGCAAGUGCGAGAGCGCAACCUGAACCCCAAAGCUGCCUGCCUGAAGCGACGAGAAGAGGAAAAGGUGUCAGGCGUGGUCGGGGAUCCCCAGAUGGUGCUUCCGGCUGCCCACCCGGGCCUCAACGAUGCCCACAAUCCCACUGGGCACAUGUGACAGGGAUACGACGAGGGACCAGUCUCACUUCGGGGCACCUGGCGCAAAUUUCGCUGGAAGGAUCCUGGAGUCCAUCCGCGGGCCUGCCCUGAGGUUCCACACCGAGGGCUGACUGGAGCUCACACCAGCCCCCGAUUCUCCCAGGACGGCCUGAAGGGGACAAAAGGGUCCAGGCAACCUGGCCCACUAUUGUGGCCACCUUAUCCAACGCUGGCUGGCCACUUGCCCCACAGAUCCUGGCGCUGCAUCUUGGCCCCAGGGACUGGGCUGGAAGGAGCAGUUUUUUUCCUUUUUCUUUUUUUUUUGGGGGGGGGUGGUGUAAACAAGACCAGAAACCAACAAAAUAUACACUUUGUCAGAAAAGAAAAAAUGCCUUAAGUAUAUAAAAUCGUGGAGGACUCACAUCACUCCAGAGGAGGGUGACCCUGCAAAGCUGGCUUUUUCGAAAGCCAUCAGCAAAUCGUGCCUAAGCGUAUUUUUUUUAAGGAGAGUAAAAAGAACAUUAGUUAUGAGGGGUUUUUUCUAAUGUAGGAGAAGAAUUAGCAAGGAUGUUGCCUUUGGUCUUUUUUUUUUUUUUAAGCUUUCUUUUGCAUAUGUUUUAUAAGCAACAAACUUUUUUGUAUGAAAGUCUCGUGUCUCUUGCUGUUUCUAGAAGUGAGCGGUGCAUUUCAUGAUCAACCAGAUUAUUAAAAGUAUUAAAAAGACCCAA